AUGAUAUUCAAAACGCCAUCGUCCUUAUUGACGAUUCUUGUGAUUCUGCUGGGUGUUUCACAUUUAGCGGCAGCGGGUGCAAACUACUAUGAUGUUCUAGGAAUCAAAAAAGGCGCCACUACACAAGAAAUCAAACAAGCAUAUCGAGAAUUAAGCAAAAAAUAUCAUCCAGAUAAGAAUGAUGGUGACGAUACCAAGUUUAUGGAGAUUUCCCAAGCAUACGAAGUCCUUUCAGACGACGAAAAACGAUCAAACUAUGACCGAUUUGGUGAAGAAGGUGUAAAUGGCAAUCCCGGAGGUGGCCCAGGUGGCGGUGGCCAUGGAGGAUUUGAUCCAUUCCAACAUAUGUUUGGACAACAGCGACGACAACAACAGCAGCGACAGCGGGGGCCCAACACUGAGUCGACGCUUGAAAUCUCACUAAAGGAUGCAUACAAUGGCCGGUCGAUUCCAUUGAAAUUCAACAUGAUGGCGUCGUGCAACCAGUGUAAGGGAUCAGGAUCAGCUGAUGGGAAGUUUGUCAACUGUAAUCAGUGCCACGGUAAAGGCAUAGUGAUUAUGGAAGUACAGUUGGCGCCUGGAAUGGUGCAACGAAUCCAGCAAACGUGUCCCAAGUGUCAAGGACAACGACAUCUGAUUGCCAAUCCAUGCAAGAAAUGUCAUGGAGCCAAGGUAGUGCGGGAAGGCAAGACACUGGUGCUAGAUGUGGAGCCUGGUGUACCGCGGGAGUUUGAGCAUGUGUUUCACGGUGAGGCAGACAAGCAACCGGGUCUGGAGCAAGGAGAUUUGGUGAUGAAAUUGCGAGAAUCUAAAAAAGACAAUUGGGGAUACCGACGGCGGGGACAGAAUUUGUUUCGCACGGAGAUGUUGACAGAAGAGGAGGCACUGAAAGGUGGGUGGUCGCGCGACAUUCCUUGCUUAGAUGGAGAGACGACAAUUCGGCUGGCCCGUAAGCGUGGACAGAAGGUGAUGCCUGGAGAGGUUGAGGUACUUGCAGGUCACGGCAUGCCAAUUUUGGAAUCGGAUGAUGAGCACGGGGAUCUGUAUGUGGAGUAUGUGGUAGUGUUUAAAGGCAAGGCCGAUAAAGAUGAGCUGUGA